GGUCCCAUUUGCGGUCGUCUCAACGCUUCGUCGGGCUUCUGGUUGCUUCGUCGAGUUCCCUUUCCCAUUCUCUCAACCCACCCGUUCCGGGAGGGUGCAACUCUCCUUUCUCUCUCUACGAAAACUAGUCGGAGCCACCGCCGCCCCUCUCUCUCUCUAUCACUUUGCCGGUUUAUUUCUCUGUUUAGACGGAAAGAGAAGCCUGAGAAGGGGUCAGCCCUCUUUCGCCAUUUCCGGCCUUCUUUGUUCGUCGGCUCAUACCGCCUUUUGUCGCGUGUUCUUCUCGCAAUCAUUGGCGGGAUGACCCCAAUAAAUGUUUUAUCUUUCUCCUUAGCGGCCGAGCGAUCUCAGUUUUUUGUGUUCGGGACCAAACCGUGGUGAAUCGGAGGGGUUUGCGGUGGUCUGUGGCUAGGUUUUUUCUUCCUACGCUCUCCAAAAUUUGAAUUUUUUUUUUUGAUAGUCGAUUGGGCUGAGGUAUAUCGCGAGAAGGCUUCAGGAACAUGCUAGCGGCUUCGCUCAAGUGAGAUUGGCGAAUUUGAUACUCUGGAAGUUUGAAUCAAUGGCUUUUAUAUACUAUGUAAUAGUUGCUUUUCCAUGCACUCUUGGUGCGAUUGCAUUGGCUUUGAUUCAUAUUUAUCGGCACCUGUUGAACUAUACGGAGCCCACUUUCCAGCGAUAUAUAGUUCGCAUAAUCUUCAUGGUCCCGGUAUUUGCCCUGAUGUCUUUCCUAUCACUUAUCUUUAACGAGAGAUCAAUAUAUUUUGAUUCAAUUCGUGAAGUCUAUGAAGCUUGGGUCAUCUACAACUUCCUUUCGCUCUGCUUGGCCUGGGUGGGCGGUGCAGGUGCUGUAGUUGUAAGUUUAAGUGGCCGAAUGCUGAAGCCAUCAUGGGGGCUCAUGACUUGCUGCUUUCCUGCCAUUUCUCUCGAUGGGCGCUUUAUUAGGAGGUGCAAGCAAGGUGCAUUGCAAUUUGUGAUACUUAAGCCAAUUCUAGUUGCAAUCACCUUCAUAUUAUACUCGAAAGGGAAAUAUGAAGAUGGGAAUUUCAGUGUUAACGAGGGCUAUCUCUAUAUUACAAUCACAUACACAAUUUCAUAUUCUGUAGCGCUGUAUGCACUUGCAUUGUUCUAUGUGGCUUGUAGAGAUCUGCUCCGGCCUUACAAUCCAGUUCCGAAGUUUAUCUUAAUCAAAUCUGUCGUCUUUCUCACUUACUGGCAGGGUGUUUUGGUCUUCCUUGCUGCAAAGUCUGGACUCAUAAGUAAUGCCAAUGAAGCUGCAGAUCUCCAAAAUUUUGUUUUGUGCGUGGAGAUGCUUGUCGCUGCUGUCGGCCACUUCUAUGCUUUUCCCUAUAAGGAGUAUGCAGGUGCCAAUAUCGGUGGUUCCAGUGGUCUGAUUGGCAGUUUUUCUCAUGCUCUAAAAUUUACUGAUUUCUACCAUGAUACGGUUCACCAGUUUGCCCCAACAUACCAUGAUUAUGUGCUUUACAAUAACACUGAGACAGAUGAUGGAGCCAGAAAAUAUCGAUCGAGAACCUUUGUGCCAACCGGGCAGGAGAUGGAUGCAGUGAGAAAAAAUCGGCAAAUGUAUGGCGGCAGGCUUGAUGAUAUCCAACUUUCUAGUGUCUCCACAUCAGGUUCCAACAGUCCGGCCGUUUCAAAUGCUUUGCCAGACCUGGUUGACUUGGAACUCAUUAAAUCAUCCUUGCUCAAGGAGUCAUCUGCUUCCGCUGCAAAACCAUAUGAUUUAUCAAUUCUACUAGACACUGAACUUUCUACCUACCCUUCUAAGGUUCCCCCUGUUGGGGAUCCAAUCAGAUGACAACUUUGAUUAAAGUACUCUAUACUUGAUGAUGCAGAACUUCAUUUACGAGGUUCUAAAGUUGGUGAUGAUUAUUUUGGUCUGGUUUACCAAAUUGCUGAACCACCGAUAUCAACAGAUGCAGAUGUUUGACAGUUUAUGACAACUUCAACAAUCAACUUGAUAGUAAAUAAAGAACAUUUGUUUCCUUUGUGAUUUGUAGGACAACUGGGCAGUGUUGGUGACUGCUGGUUGUGUAUAUGGAAAUAUCUAGGCAGUUUCUUUGGUUUUUUUGGGUCCC